CCCAGUCUGACAUAAGCAAGGACAGACGGACAUCAGAACUGAAAUGUCCCUGCAGGGAGAAAGUACCGACACCUUCAAACUGGACGCUUUGUCCUUCUGCAACAGAUUGAGUGAGGUAUCAAAAUGGAUGAUUUAGAUCACAGCAUGCACAUUGCAGAAUAUGACUGGACAAGCUUUUAUGAGGAGUGUGAGGAGUGUUGUCUGCUGCAGCCUUCGCUCGCCUGCCAUGAUAGCUCGAGCCUCAGUGAGUCAGAGGAUUCGGAAAACUCAAGUUCAGUCUUCGGCACAAGCCAACAGGAGCGACAGCAAAGCUCUCCUGCAAACUGUGAUGACGCUGAAAGCAGCGCUGCAGGAUGCUGCACGGAGGAAGAGAACUGCACAGGUUGUGUAAAGUAUAUAUCAGUGCAGAUUAUUCAGAGUGGUUCAGGAGAAGGACAAGAUGAUCUUACAACAAAAGCUGAACUAUGCCUUAAUCAUCCUGAAGGAACCACCAUCCCCAUAGCAGAGCACAACACAGAGAAGACAAAUGGCAUCAUCACAACCACCCUGCAAACUGAGCAACUAAAUGUUCAGUCAUCAGAUGGAGAUGUGCAAAUGGAGAGUGACAUUCGUGAACUCAAAUCCACACAGGAAUCUGACCCACUUUCUUGCAGUCGAACAGAGCUCAAUGUGAAUGAGCCGCACACUACAGACAGAGCUGAGAGUGAGGAUGUGAGUGGAGGAGCUUUAAGAGCAGAAAAAGAGCGCUGGUUUGUGACAGUGAAUGACGGUCCUGCACGACAGCGAGUGUGUGCCACCUCUGUGAAAAGAAAACGGAGACAAAAAAAAACUCGUAAGGACGAUCACAUGUGGAGACCUGGGAAAGAGAAAUCGCUUGAAAGCAGCCUAAAGUUUGAGAUAAUGAAAGAUAAAAAUGAAUCUGAGGGAGGAACAUACACAGAGCAUGUCACACAAGCAAACCAAAACUUGGUGCAAAAAUCAGGAGGGUAUCUAAGUGCUGAAGAUCUUGAGAACGUUCAGAUUGGAGUAAUUUCAGAUUCAUCGCAAAUGUCUUCAACGUCUGGUGAAGAAGACAAUUUGUCAGAAAAACUGGUGAUGUCUCACUCCACCAAAGACAAUAUCAUUGAGCCAACAAUAGACAGAGCAUUGCAAAACACAAGCACCUCAGCAUCCACACCCCACCAAGACCUGUCACAGUUUGACAGUGUAGAGUCUGAUGAGCUUGAAGACGAUGUCAAGUUCUUCUCCAUUCACAGUUUGGAUUCUGAAAGCUAUCAGUCAGCUACUGAAUCAGUGGAGGAACUUCAACAUCUUCUCGUGGAACACCAACAAUUGCAAAGCUCAUCAUCUCUGACAGAAAACAGCUCUCCAUUCAAUCUGACUGAGAAUACCAAAGCAGACACUACACAGGACAGAGAAGUGCAUUCUUGUGCUAGCACUCUCUCAUGCAAUGUAAUAGCUACCAACGCUAAAGGUCAUGAAAGCGCUGAUGUUCAGCCCACCCUCACAUUUCCAUCUGCUGGCCAAAGUGCUGACAAAAUGCCAGAUGACAACUCCACAUGUGAUAACGACACACACAGCACGCUGCCCCCGAAUACACCUGGAGUCCAAAAACAUGAAGUUAAUCUUUCAGCAUCUGAUUGCUCUUCAGGAGAUCAGCUUCUCCCCAUUCCUGAUUUAACUGUAACAUUCUGCUCUGUGGCUGACAGCCCUGAAACAUAUGCCGAAGCCGUGGGCCACACUCGACCUGUGUAUGCCAUUUCCGCUUUUUGGGAUGAAAUGGAAAAAUUGACGAUACAUGACAUUUUGCAGCUCAGGAUGGGUAGAAGCACCCCUCCCAGGGAAACACAAGAAACAAUGACACCAAGCGUAGACGAUCACAGCUCUUUGAUUAACACUGCGGAGUAUACUUUUUUUGAUGGUGGUCUGAUGGAUACAUCUGACACUGCUGACUCAGACUAUUUCACACAGCCUGACGAAUCCAAGCCAGAUCGCUCAAGCUGUGAGUUUUCCACCUCCGAUUUUGAAGAAGAGUACUGGCAGUUUCUUGGUGCCAGUAGGAACCCCACUCCUGACCCUCAAAGCAAAAAACAACGAAGCACAAGUGACUCUCCUUUCUUAGCACAUGAGGAAGAGGACUCCACAGGCUCUGAAGGAAAGGAGACACCUGUGCCUUUAGAGGACUUCACAAGUAAAUGUUUUGAGGAUCAGGACUCAAAUGUUUUCAUUUCAAGCGAACUUGCAUGGCCGAGACAGAUAAUAAAAAGCAAAAGCAUGCACAACGUACAAGCUCUCAACACAGAGGAUUUAUCUUUGCAGUUGCUACUUGGGAAUGAUGAGAGCAGUCUGUUGCUCAGCAGCUGUCCAUCUCUGGAGGAAAAUGUGGUUUUAAAAGCGAGCGACAGCGUUGGAACACUGAUAGCUGCACCUUUUCUCGAUGAACAUUAUCAAGUAUCCUUCCCUGAAGUGUUUGAAUACUUACUCAGAGAGAAUAAAACAAAUGGGGAAUCGCGGUGUGUCACCUUCUAUGAACCAGAAGCCAUCUCAGUGGCUCCUGUGUUUGACUACACUCUUUGUACAUUCAGGGAUGAAAUGUCAUUCUUUUCCCUUCAUGAUUGCCAGCGCAGCGAUGAGAGACCCAUACCCAUUUUCUCCUGUUCUCAUCCCACUGUCAGAGAACUCACAUUCCCACAUCUGAACUAUGUUUUCUUCUGCAAGGAGGAGGACGACAUCUCUCCAAUCAGAGUUGUGUCUGGCUCUUUCAUCCAGGGCAGUGAUUGUGGGGCAGCAGCCCCACAUGGAUUUCAUAGCUGGAAAAGUUUGAUAAGGAAGAUUCACUUUCCUGACAAAGGUAGCAUCUGGUGCAGGAGAUCUGGUGCCUGGGUGUUCCCAGUUGAGGCUGAGAAGAUCACCAUGAAGAGUGCGGAUCCACCAAUAACAGUGCUCACUGAGAGGAGAGUCACUUCAACGCCUUCUCAGUUGUUUAGAGAGCUAGCAGUGCAGCAGAGGGUUUUGGAAGCUAUUCAGACAACAAGACGAGAGGGCAUCUUCUCCACACUGAAGCAGUCAGAUAUGUGUUUGGUCUGCAUUGCUUUUGCCUCCUGGGUGUUAAAAUCCUCUGAUCCGGAUACUGCUGAUGCCUGGAAAGCAGCUCUGCUAGCAAACGUGAGCGCGCUGUCGGCUAUCCAGUACCUGCGGCAGUAUGUGAAGAAGAAGAAUCCUUCUUAAGAUGAUCCCUGAUAUGUGUACACACAAGAGAGAAGAGUCCUUUCCAAACUUUUUCACUUGGGUACAUCCAUAAAAUGCUUUGGGUCUCAAGUUACAAUGAAUACAGCAUGUAAAGGUAGACAUUAGCAAACUGACGUUUUAAGUUCUUUUCAGCCUGAAGCUAGUUGGACAUUUUUAGUCUGAUGAUAUUCUACGUUUCUUACGAUUACAUGAAAACCAACAAUGAAUUGAUCCUAAUAACAAUUGUCUGUGUAACUAAAGCCUGAUAUAGCUUAUUCCUCUCUGACAGGGACCUCCAUUGUUGUCCAAAAACAUCUUACAUUACAAUUAAUAUUGACGCUGUAGAGUGACUAGCAAAUAAGGGGCUGAAUAUAGUUCCCAACAAAUGCACUAUUUCAAGAUUUAAGAUCAAGAUUCAAAGAUGUAUUGGUCACAUAUUCAUAUUUUCAAUGUGUGCAGUGAAAUGUGGGGGUGGUAUACUCUCUAGACUAGAGGAUGUGCUAAAAGGCUAAUGUGCAAUACAAAUACAGAGUAAAAAAUAAGUAUCGGACGCAGACUACGUAAUAAA